AUGGUUGAGUAUUUUGAGUCAGUAUUAACCCUGUCUACGGACUGUGACUUCAGCUGUGAUAGAGACUGCAUCAUAUCCUGCCAAGGAGGCUAUUAUUACACUUCAGGAAACUGCCUGGAAUGUCCUGUGGGAUUUUACUGUUCAGGGGAAGGAACAUCUGCCCCAAGAAAAUGUCCACCUGGUACCCAUAACUACUUCACCGGGAAAGCGGAUGUAAAAGCAUGCCUGCCUUGCCCUCCAGGCUCCAUCAGUACAGAGGAGGGAGCAGCCUGCAAGCCGUGCCCAGCCGGUACCUCCUGUGAUCCGGGUUCCGGUGAGCUGAGGGCCUGCCCCCAGGGGCAGCACUCACCCGAGGGGGUCCUGCACUGCCUGCCCUGCACUCGGGGCUUCAUCUGUCCUGAUGGCCAUGUUAAAAAGAGCUGCCCCCCAGGACAGGAGCCCAACCCCUCCCAGUCCCACUGCAUAGACUGCCCAGAAGGUCACUUCUCAUCAGCGGGGAGUGACAAGUGCCAGCUCUGCCCAACAGGGAGCUACUGUCCUCACAAAGCCACUCCCUGGCCGUUGCCAUGUCCACCUGGCUACGACACUGAUUGCCCCGGGCAGAAAGAGUGCAAGAGCUGCAACGGGACGUCCCACUGCAAGGGGGCAAUGCUUAACCCCUGGGAGGGGGGUGGGAGAGUUCGGAGCACCGCAGCUGUGGGUGCAGUGUCUUGUCGUCCGGGGACAUACAGAAACAGUGAGGAAAGCCCAGACUGCUUGCUCUGUCCUUUAGGUUAUUACUGCCCUUGGGGUACAGCAGUGCGCUGUCCAGCUGGUACUUAUGCUGCCAAGGAGGGCUUGCAGAGAGAGCGGGACUGCUCUGUUUGUCCUGCAGGUUUUUACUGCCUGGAAGGAAGCCCCCGGCGCCCUGGCUCUGAGUUCCUGUGCCCGCGAGGUUAUUACUGUGAGCCAGGCACCAGCGAGCCCCACAUCAGCCCCUGCCCACCUGGAACUUUCGGGGAGCACUUCGGACAGACGAGCGUCGCGGGGUGCAAGAGAUGUGCAGAGGGUCGAUUCUGCCCAGAAGGGGCGGCUGACCCAGGCUGGCCCUGUGCCAGAGGGAAGUUCUGUCCAGCUGGCACCGUGAAGGAAAUGAACUGUCCUGGAGGCACCUACACCCGGCAGCAAGGGGCUGCAAGCCUGAAUGAGUGCUUGAAGUGCCCUGCUGGGUUUUAUUGCCCUGAGGGCACUAGCGACCCCCUCCCUUGCCCGCGGGGCACGUUUAACCCUCUCCAAGGGCAGGAUGGCGCCAUGGACUGCAGACUCUGUUACGCGGGUAAAGCCUGCUCCCAGAUGGCUCUUCCACAGCCUGACGUGGACUGCAUGGAGGGGUUCACCUGCCCUCCCGGUUCCUCCAGACCCAAUGCUCUGGAGAACGCCUGUCCCCCAGGGACUUUCAGUAACCUGAAUAACCUGACUGACAGGUCCCAGUGUGGACUGUGCCCCCCGCGCCAUGCCUGCGUGAGAGGUACGGGUGGAAUCCAGAGACCCCCGGUUCCCUGCUUUGCUGGUCAUUACUGCCCCCGUGGAACCAUGUUCCCCACCCAGCACAAGUGUGCAGCUGGUACCUGGAGCGACCGGACUAACCUGGUCUCUGCGAGCGAGUGCUUCCUCUGCCCCAGGGGGUGGUACUGCCUGACUGGGGCAGGACUGCCUUCUGGGAGGUGCAGCUCUGGACAUUACUGCCCUGAAGGCACACAGUUUGGCUCCCAGUUCCCCUGCCCUGCCGGUACCUACAGCACACGGAUGGGCAAUGGACAGAAAGAUGACUGCCGGGUCUGUCCCGAGGGAUCGUACUGCACUGAGGGCUCUGCCAAACCCACGCCCUGCCCAGUGGCUACCUAUCGGAGGGUGAAAGGAGGAAAGGCAGCUGAAGACUGCACCCUGUGCCCUGCAGGCUAUCACUGCCCUCGAUUUGCAACAAUCAAACCCAGGGCCUGUGGGACUGGCAGCUAUUCAGAUCAUGGUUCGGCUUUGUGCUUGCCCUGCCUCCCUGGACACUACUGUAGUAAUGAGACCACCAGCCAGGAGGCGAUGUUGAGCUUGAUGGUGUGCCCAGCUGGACUGAUUUGCACUGAAGGUCUGGACAGGGAGCCGCAGAGAGCCACCACUCUCUGUCCCAAAGGCUAUUACUGCCCAGGAGGAGACAUUGAUCCUAACCCUAGGCCAUGCCCAAACGGGACCUACAGUGACCGUCAAGGCUUGCGAGAGGUGUCUGACUGUACCCCCUGCCCUGCCGGGCAGCACUGCUACAGCGAGUCCCAGGGGAUCUCCCGGCCAACUGGAAGCUGCCCUAGUGGGUAUCACUGCCCAGUAGGUACAGGGUACCCUUAUUCAUUCCCCUGCACCCCUGGGUCCUAUCGGAACAGCUCCCUGGGGCACAGAGGGGAGAUGUGUCAGCCGUGCCCUGCAGGGUUUUACUGUACCAGUGAAGCCACUGAGAUCCCCACUGUCUGCCCUAGAGGUUACUUUUGUGUUGAGGGAAGCAGCAGCCCUGAGCCGUGUGAAGAGGGGACCUACAGUGCCAGGCCUGCUCUGGGGGCUGGUUCAGAGUGCGCUCCUUGUGUUGGGGGUUGGUACUGUGCUGGUACUGGACUGACUGAACCCACUGGUUCCUGUGAAGCUGGGUUCUACUGCAGGGAGAGAGCGAGGUCUGCAACCCCUGCUGAUGGGCACACUGGUGGACUGUGCCCGAUUGGGAGCUACUGCCCAGCUGGCUCUGCCUUCCCUUUGCCCUGCCCACCUGGGACCUUCAGUAAUGCCACAGGACUCAGCCGUCCGGGGCUUUGUGUAGACUGCACCCCAGGCUACCAUUGCUCUGGGUCUAAUAUCUCUGCUCCUGCUGGUCUCUGUUCUCCUGGAUAUUACUGUACCGGUGGUGCCUCUGCACCCAAUCAGCACGAGACUCAGGAAGGACACUACACCCUGCCGGGAGCAUUCACACCCGAACCAUGUGCACUAGGGACCUUUCAGCCGGCUCGGGGACAGUCCUCUUGUCUGGAGUGUCUAAGAGGCCAGUUCUGUAACCAGACUGGUCUGGUGCGACCUUUCCCUUGUCCUCCAGGUCACUACUGCCUUCCCGGGACCAUCGCACCCACUCCCUGCCCAGCGGGGUCGUACACUGCCCAGGAGGGCGCUGGAGAUACUGGGCAGUGUGUGCUGUGUGACCCCGGGCAGUUCUGCAGCAUGGCUGGCCUCUCUGCCCCUGUGGGGCCCUGCAAGCCAGGCUACUACUGCACUGGAGGGGCCAACUCCUCAAUGCCUGUGAACAUGCCCUUUGGCGACCUUUGCCCUGCUGGCUUUUUCUGCCCGUCGGGCACCAGACACCCCUUUGAAAACCCCUGCCCCCCAGGAACCUGGAAUAAUGGGCAAGGGGCCUGGAACCAGACUUCUUGCUGGCUUUGCCCCCCGGGGCAUUACUGUCAUGGUACCGGCCUGACUCAACCCUCAGCUCUGUGUGCACCUGGAUUUUAUUGCUCGGGAGGGGCUAAGUCUUCAAUGCCAGUGGACGGGGUAUCGGGUGACAGGUGCCCUAAAGGUCACUAUUGCCCCGAAGGCUCGGUGUUGCCCCUGUCCUGCCCAGAUGGUUCUUACGCCAACAUCACGGGAGUCGCUGUGUGCCUGGACUGCCCCGCUGGCUAUUAUUGCUUGUCAGGGCAGAGCGUCCAGUUGUGUCCGGAGGGUUAUUACUGCCCCGGGGGCACAGGGUUAGAUCUCCUGCCCUGCCCACCAGGUACCUACAGCCCAGAGCAUGGGAACAGCCAGCUGGAGCAAUGCCAACUGUGCCCUGCGGGCAUGUACUGUGAAGACUGGGGACUUUCUGUUCCUACAGGGUCUUGUCAGGCUGGCUACUUCUGUUUAGCAGGUAUGAACUUCAGGAACCCUGACGGUAACAUCAGCACUGGGGUGGGGGGGCCAUGCCCCCAGGGGCAUUACUGUCCAGCUGGCACCAGCCUACCCGUGCCCUGCCCACGCGGGACUUUCUCCAGCAGACUUCACGUGGUGGAGGAGUCUGGCUGCAGUGCCUGUCCUCCGGGGGUGUUCUGUGGAUCAGAGGGGCUGAGCCAGCCUGCCGGACCCUGCAGAGAGGGGUUCCACUGCACUGGCGGGGCGCAGUCACCCCUGGGGUCUGAGGGUGCAGGCGGCCCAUGUCCAGUGAGUCACUACUGCCCUGUUGGGAGUGCACAGCCCCUACCCUGUCCUGCAGGAACAUACAACAACCUGACCGGCCAGGCCAAGUGCUUUCAGUGUGGAGCUGGCUACUACUGCCCUGAGAAAACAAGCACGUACAGUGACUUCCCCUGCCCACCUGGCUUCUACUGUCCUGAUGGUACGAGGUACGCCACUCAGUUCCCCUGCCCCAGGGGCUACUAUAACCCUGAGCCCAUGACCCAGAGCCUAGACAGCUGCCUGCCCUGUCCGCCGGGUCAUUACUGUGAGAAAGAAAGACUCACGGCUGUGUCUGGAACGUGUAAAGCAGGCUGGUUCUGUGUAUCAGCUGCAUGGAACUCCCAGCCCUUCGACCUGGAUAACUACACCAAUGCCAACUGCCUUUGCCCAGCCACAGCAACUGGAGGGAAGUGCCAGGAAGGCUAUUACUGUCCCUCAGGGAGCUCCGAGCCCAUUCCCUGUCCACCUGGAGCCUACUGCAAUGGGUCAGGCUUGUCCCGUCCUAGCGGCUCCUGCUCCGCUGGCUAUUACUGUUCAGGAGGAGCCUCUCAGCCCAACCCUACAGACAAGCUCACAGGGAACCGCUGCCCCCCGGGGAGCUUCUGCGGUUUUGGCUCAGGGGACCCACAGCCUUGUCUCCCAGGCACGUUCUCGAGAGUCCAGGGCCUGGUCAGCGAGUCUGAGUGCUUGCCCUGCACCGAGGGGUUCUACUGUGAGACAGCAGGUCUGGUCACCCCCAGCGGCCCAUGUCGUCAGGGGUACUUCUGCCCUCCCGGUCAGAGGGUCAGCACUGGCUUUGCAUGUCCAAUCGGGCAUUACUGCCCGGAGGGAAGCCCUGCUCCUGUGAUCUGUGAAUCGGGCUCAUAUCAGAACCUGGACAAUCAAGCUGCAUGCAAACCCUGUGAAGAAGGUUAUUACUGUGAUAACAGCCUUGGUCCGGUCCAGGACCCGUCUCAGUACCCAUGCCCACAAGGACAUUACUGCCCACAAGGCACAAGGUUUGCUACCCAGUAUGGGUGCCCAGUUGGGACAUUCAACCCCAGGAUGAGGGUGCAGGAUGUCAGUGGGUGUCUCCCAUGUCCUCCAGGAAAGUACUGCUCAGCUAUUGGCCUCGCAGAGCCCACAGGAGACUGUUUGGCUGGGUUCUGGUGUAAGCAGGGUGCCCAGACAAGAGUCCCUUCCGAUGGCCUUUCUGGUGGAACCUGCUCCCCUGGUCACGAUUGCCCCUCAGGGCAGGCUGGACCUUGUCCAGUGGGUCACUUCUGUCCCCGAGGUACAGCCACCCCCCAGCCAUGCCCAGUGGGCACCUUCAGCAACCUGACCAAGCAAACAUCAGAGGACGGCUGUAUCCCAUGCCUUCCUGGUCAUUUCUGUGGUUCAGCUGGGCUCACUGCUCCAACAGGGGAAUGCUGGGAAGGAUUCUACUGUUCCCAAGGAGCCACAGUUCCUAACAGUCCAAUCAGAGACGGCAGAGGUGGUCCAUGCCCAACAGGUCAUUUUUGCCCCAAGGCCUCUGCUGCUCCCCAGCCCUGUCCAGGGGGGACGUACUGUGCAGUGGAGGGUCAGGCAAGCUGCAGCCCCUGUGUGGAAGGGUACUACUGCCCCGUGAGCAGCUCUUCCUAUGCUGGUACAGAAUGUGCUCCAGGUCAUUACUGCCCAACAGGAACCUCCUCCUGGAAUCAGUUUUCUUGCCCUGCAGGCACCUACAACCCAUUCUCCCGAGGAGCCAGCGUACAGGACUGUAUUCCUUGUGACCCAGGACUCCACUGUGCAUCGCCAGGUCUCCCCAGAGCCAGUGGGCAGUGUGCUGCUGGCCACUACUGUGUGGGUGGGGCGCUGACCCCCCACCCUAGCAACGGGAUCACUGGAGACCUGUGUCCAAGGGGUCAUUACUGCUCAGAGGGGUCAGCAGUCCCACAGCCCUGUCCACCAGGUCACUAUAGCAACACCACUAAGAACACCGCGCUCUCAGACUGCCUGCCAUGUCCUCAAGGGUUCUCCUGUGACGGGCAGGGCCUGUCUGCCCCCUCAGGUUCCUGCCAGGCUGGGUAUUUCUGCCCCCCUGGCCAGAACUCCAGCAGACCAGCCUCCUACACCUGCACGGUGGGACACAUGUGUCCCCAGGGCAGCUCCCAGCAGAGCCCCUGCCCUCCAGGAACCUACCAGGACCAGCAUGGACAGGCAUUGUGCAAGACGUGUAUUGCUGGGUUUUCCUGUGCUGGUACAAUUCAGACUGAGACGGGUCUCUUGGUUGGGACACAGAACCCCACCCCCUGCCCGAAAGGUCACUACUGUCCUCCAGGCACAACAUUGGGUAGAGAAUCUCCUUGCCCCACUGGAACCUUUAAUAACCGGACAGGCCUCUCUGAUGUCAGCGAGUGUGUGUCCUGUCCAGCUGGAGAAUACUGCAGCUCUGCAGGGCUGUCUCAACCCACGGGGGCGUGCAUGACAGGGUUCCUGUGCUUCCUUGGGGCGUUCUCUCCACACCCCUUGGGUGAUUCUACUGGAAGAAUCUGCACCCCUGGGUUCUACUGCCCCCAGGGUACCACCCGCAUGCUGCCCUGCCCUGCGGGGACAUUCAGCACCUUGAAGGGUGCUGGUUCUGAAGCAGACUGCCGCUUGUGCCCUCCUGGUCUGUACUGUCAGGGUCCAGGGCUGACCGCCCCGUCUGGAAGCUGCAGUGCUGGAUUCUACUGCACCGGGGGGGCAAAAUCACCAGCACCUACUGACAAUACCACAGGUUAUUCCUGUGGAGCAGACACAGAGACCUCUGGUGGUGCUGGGUAUUCCCAUAUAAACAGGUCAACUACUGUCUUCAACCCGAGAGAGGGGUUCACAGGAAACAUCUGUCCUGCUGGUCACUUCUGCCCCACAGGGAGCUCCUUGCCAUCUCCCUGCCCUCCAGGCACGUUUUUGGCCAGACUCGGAGCUCAGUUGCAGACGGAGUGCCAGUCGUGUGUCCCCGGAUCCUACUGCUCACAGUGGGGUCAAAGUUCACCAGAGCGCCUGUGUCCUGAAGGAUGGUUUUGUCCGGAGGGGUCUGUGACUGGAGAGCAGUCAGCAUAUCAGUGCCCACCAGGACAUGCUUGCCCCUUGGGGAGUGCAGAGCCUAUGCCCUGCCCAUCUGGCUCCUAUCAACCUGCACCCAGACAGUCCUCCUGCAGACCCUGCCCCCCAGGUUUGUUCUGCCUGAAGGGCUGCUCCUCUCCUUCCCCCUGCCCCCUCGGCAGUGUGAGUGAUGCAGCCGGUCUGCAGUCAGAGCUGGGCUGCUCCCCCUGUCCUCCGGGAUUCCACUGUAACAGGACUGGGCUGACCGCCCCCACCGGACCCUGCACUGCGGGUUAUUACUGCAGUCAUGGAUCAAAGGAAUCCAGUCCUGUCAAUCAAACCUUUGGAGAUGUGUGCCCACGUGGGCAUUAUUGCCCUGACGGAAGCAGCCAGCCUGUACCCUGCCCAGCGGGUACCUACCAGCCAGCCACCCACCGCGCUGAGCAGAGGCAUUGCCUGUCGUGCCCGCCUGGAGCAUACUGUAGCUCGGAAGGGGCAAGCCAAGAAACAGGUCUCUGUUUAGCUGGAUAUUACUGUACAGGUGGUGCAGUCACUCCUACACCACUAGAGGGCUCCACUGAGAACACAUGCCUCUUUGAUGUUUUCUGCAAGAUCAGAACCCCUGCUUACAAUUUCUGUGUAAAUGGUAGCAGUAGCAACAGGACUAAAGCUCAGACAUGUUUUGAUUGGUGUUCAGCUGGUCCUUGCUGUGAUGGAGAGGGUGGAUCUGAUCCUUCAGGGAGCUGCUCCCUGGGAUGGUCAUGCCUGGACUGGACUCUGACUAGCAAACCCUGCUCCGUUCCCCCAAUCAAAGCCUCUUUGAACAGCUCAGAGACGCUGCUAAAGAGCGCUGUGUGCUGCGUUAACUUCACUGGAGGUGUUUGUCCCAAAGGAUUCUAUUGCCCUGAAGGUUCCGCCUGGCCCGUACCAUGUGACCUUGGCCAGUUCUGUCACCGGUCCCGCCUCUCUCUUCCUACUGGACCAUGUGCCGCCGGGUUCUAUUGUGGGGGUGGGGCAUCAGUCCCUAACCCCACUCCCUGCCCCCCUGGACAUUACUGCCCACAGGAUACCCCUAACCCAUUGCCCUGCCCGCCAGGGUCCUUCAAUCCCUUUCCUGGUGGAUCAACAUCAGCUGACUGCAGGCCGUGCCUCCCUGGUCAUUACUGUGGGCAGCAUGGACUGGCUGCUCCUAGUGGCAUUUGUGCUCCUGGCUACUACUGUCCGGGCUGCCAGAAUUCAUCCAGGCCAAUGCAUUACCCCUGCUCCCCGGGACACUUCUGCACCGAGGGGAGUUCCAAUCAGACGAGGUGCCCUUCAGGCACCUACCAGGCUGGCUGGGCUCAGUCUGCCUGUGAAGAGUGCCCAGCAGGGCUCUACUGCCAGGGUCCAGGUGUCAUCCAUCCUGCUGCCUGUCCAGUGGGAUCCUAUUGUCCACCUGGCUCUACAUCAGCAAAUCAGUACUUGUGUCCUCCUGGUAGCUAUGGAAACCGCCCAGGGUUGGCUAAGGUGUCUGACUGCUCUCCCUGCGAUCCUGGAAUGUACUGCAUGGGUUCAGGCAGCACCAGGCCGUCUGGGCAGUGCAGCCCUGGGUUCUAUUGCACAGGGGGGUCUGCCUUUCCUGCCCCUGGUGAUGGUGUGAUGGGAGACAGGUGCAGGGCGGGCUUCUACUGCCCCAGAGGGAGUGCCACAGAGCAUGCCUGUCCUGCAGGAACCUUCAGUAACAGGCCUGGGCUCUCGGACUCUGCACAGUGUCAGGCCUGCUCACCUGGGCACUUCUGCACUGAAUCCGGACAGCCAACUGUCUCCGGGCCCUGUUUGGCAGGUUUUUAUUGCCUGGAAGGCUCUCGGAGUUCCACUCCUUUUUUGAAAGAAUUUGGGGGUGUCUGCAGCCCGGGACACUUCUGUCCGAAUGGGACAGCCCUUCCUGUGCCCUGCCCGACUGGCACGUACAGAGCAGAGAGCGGGGGGAGAUCGAAGGGGGACUGCACGCCAUGCCCUGCAGGUUCUUAUCAGGGUCUGGAGGGUCAAAGGCAGUGCGACCCCUGUCCUCCUGGGUUUUACUGCAUACCCCAGGCUUUGCAUGCCCAGGGAGCGGUGAUCCCACAGCCUUGCCCAGCCGGGCACUUCUGCCCCAGAGAGACAGAGUUUGGCACCCAGAAGCCCUGCCCCCGAGGAACCCACAGCAGGCAGCUGGGACUGACCUCCGCAGCUGAAUGCUCUCCUUGCCCGGCCGGCUAUUUCUGUGGUUCUGAAGGUCUGGUUCAGCCCACCGGCCCCUGCGCUCCCGGCUUCUACUGUACAGCAGGGGCCUGGGUACCGAACCCCAGCGAUGGGAUCACGGGCGCUGCCUGCCCCAGAGGGAAGUACUGCCAGGCAGGAUGUGUUGCAGGCAGCUGCUAUGCAGGAUAUUACUGCGAUCUGGGAUCCAGCAGACUGGACCAGAAGAUCUGCCCCUGGGGGUUUUACUGCCCGAAUGGCACAGACGCCCCCGUCCCGUGUGAGGCUGGGACAUACAGCUCUUCAGCCGGGAACAGCCAAGCGACUGACUGCAGACUGUGUCCCUCCGGGCUGUUCUGUCAGGGCGAUGCCAACGCUGCUCCAGGGGGUCUGUGCUCAGAAGGGUUCUACUGCCCCCCAGGGCAGAUCUCAUCCAGACCGACUGCCUCUCGCUGUCCCCCGGGGCAUUACUGUCCUGCAGGGUCAGCUGCCCCAAAGCCUUGUGGGAUAGGAACCUUCCAGCCACGGGAGGAACAGGGAUCAUGUGACGUCUGUCCGGCAGGCUUCUACUGCCACCCAUCCAAUGAAUCGGGAGUGGUGCAGCCCGAACCGUGCCCUCAGGGUUAUUUCUGUCCUCCUGGUACCGAGUCGGGCACCAAGUCACCCUGCCCCAGAGGAACCAUCGGACCCCAGACAGGAGCCGGCAGCCCAGCCCAGUGCCAGCCCUGUCCUGCAGGGAUGUACUGUGCAUUCCCAGGCCUUUCCGAACCCACAGGACCCUGCCACGCUGGUUUCUACUGUUCUGUGGGAGCUAGCAGCCCGAACUCCUCUGAAUACAUGGUUAAAUCUGAUGGGAUUUCCUUUGCUGGUAACAAUGUGUGCCCGGUCGGUCAUUUCUGCCCAGCUGGUACAGGAUACCCACUGCCCUGUCCUGCCGGCUCCUUCUCCAACUCUCCGGGACUGAAGGGAGCAGACCAGUGUGAGCAGUGCCCCCCUGGGUACCACUGCCACAGCCCUGGGCUGGCACACCAGAGCCAGCCCUCCCCUUGUGAUGCAGGCUACGUAUGUCUUGGAGGAAGUGCUACCACCCGUCCUACUGAUGGUCUCCACGGUUACCUGUGUCCCAGUGGGUUCCGCUGUCCUGCCGGGGCUGGCAUUGAGGUGCCCUGUGAGCCUGGCACCUAUAGCCCUAUGCCAGGGGCCAGCGUGUGCCUUCCCUGUCCUGCCGGUACCAUGUGCAACUCCACCAGCACUGAGGAGCCCAGCAUCUGCCCCAGAGGUUAUUAUUGCCCCCCGAAGACUGCCCUGCCCCUUCCCUGCCCCGCAGGCACACUGAGCAGCCUGGAAGGAGCCCUGUCUGUCUCUGCUUGUGUGUCCUGCCCAGCUGGACUGUACUGUAGGGGAGAGGCAAACGCAGGGCCUGACGGCCCAUGCCUGCCUGGGUAUUACUGCCAGGGGGGUGCGGUUGAUGCAGUACCACAGGGCUCUGCCGUGUUUCCCAAGAACGGACCCUGUCCUCUCGGUCAUUACUGCCCAGCGGCAACUCUCACACCAGUGCCCUGUCCACUGGGAAGCAUCAAAAACACAACAGGUGGUUCUUCCUUGGCAAGCUGUCUGCCCUGCCCGGCUGGUCACUACUGCGCCAGCGAGGGUCUAAGCAUGCCCAGUGGCCACUGUUCUGCAGGGUUCUAUUGCCCUUCAGCAUUUACCGCCAUCAGCCCCAACGCCUUCCUCUGCCCAAAGGGCCACCACUGCCCCCCCGGCUCGGCUCACGCACACCCCUGUCCGACUGGAGAGUACCAGCCCAACCCGGGGUCUGAUUACUGCAUCCCCUGCAGACCGGGCUUCUUCUGCGAAGAGGCCAUUGCUGGAGACCCCCGACCCUGCCCUCCACACACAUACUGCCCCGCUGCCACGCAGGUCCCUCAGCUCUGCCCCAACGGGACCUUCACCUCAGCUGCCAUGUCCGGCCUCCAAGAGGAGAGAGAAUGCUUGCCCUGCCCUUCAGGGAAGUUCUGCAGAGGAGGGAAGAUCCAGGGAAGCUGUGCUGCCGGUUUCCUCUGCUUGUCUGGGAGCUCUGAGUUCACCCCCCGUGGCUCUAAACUGGAGAACCGCACUAGCUGUGAGUGGGGAGAGAUGUGUGCCGGUCUCUGUCCUGCAGGGUUCUACUGUCCUGAAGGGACGGAGGAGCCUAGUGCAUGUCCAGCACACACCGUCAGAGCCUCGCCAGGGGCCAGCCAAAGAGACCACUGCCUUCCCUGCCCUCCACAGUACUGGUGCAAAGAAGGGGACCCUGUCAUGUAUCUGUGCCCCGCUGGACAUUACUGCAACGGACUGAAGGAAAGUGACCCUCAGAUCACAGCAGGACCGCAAGAGUGUCCGGUGCACACAUACCGCGCUGACCCUGGGGCAGGGAGCAGAGGGGACUGUCUGACCUGUCCUGCUGGAUACCACUGCAACUCCACAGGUCUCACAGACUAUGUCCACCACCCCUGUCCGCCAGGGUUCUGGUGCCCCGGGUCAGGAAGUCCGGUUCUGUGUCCAGCAGGAACCAUGAGAACUGAACCGGGAAGUACCGCAGUGAGCCACUGUGACCCCUGCACUGCCGGCUUCUACUGUCCCGAUCCGAUGGUAACUGGCCAGCCCAACAUCCACGGGAUUCCCUGCCGUGCCUCCUAUGAGUGUCCCCCAGGUGCAGUGACUGAAGUGUUAUGCAGAGCUGGAUCGUAUUGCGGACCCCAGACUGGAGCCCCCAGCGCCUGUCCUGGGGGGUAUUUCUGUCCAGAGGGAUCCCAAAGUUACAACACACCUGCACAGCUGUGUGUGUUCCCCUUCUACUGCCCCCCGAGCAGCUCGCGGCUGCUGCCCUGUGAUGGGGGCUUCAUGCCGGUCAAUGUGAGCGGCCUCAGGGACUCGCUGGAGAGGAGCUGUGUGGAGUGCCGUUCUGGGACAUACAGACCCAGCUUAGAGAGUGAACUCCACUGCCUGCCCUGCCCUGCUGGAUACCACUGUCCCCAAGGCACAGAGCACUACAUGUCGAACUCCUGUCCCAUUGGUUACUACUGCCCUGCCAGCACGGCAUUGGCGGUACCAUGCCCUACCGGUUCCUACGGCAACAGCACCCAAGCAAAGCAUCGUGGGGAAUGUUACCCGUGCCCUGCAGAUACCUUUAAUCAUCUGUUUGGCCAGAAAGCCUGCUUUCCAUGCGGGAGCUCAUCCUUCUCACUUCCAGGCGCUGACUCCUGCAUCUGCCGUGGACUGAACCGUGCCUUCCAGCAGUCCGACGGCUCGUGCAUCUGCAGAGCGGGCUACGUGUACUACAAUGAGCUGGACCAGAAGAGAUCCACCGGCAACAGCGACAUGGACUGCCAGUCAGAGGUGAACGAGCGCUGUGGCCCCGGAGAGCUGCGUCUGGCCUCCACGAGAGAGUGUGUCCUGCCUGGAGGAUAUGACUGCACGGCAGCCUGUGGGAGCCAGGGAGGGAACCUCUCUGUGGAACUUGGAAUCUGCCACUGCGCAGAGUACGUGUCGGCUGAAGAACUCUGCGACGCCUCUUGUUUCUCUAAGAUGCCCAAGAUUACCGCUAGCCUGGGGCCAAAUGGACAACUUGUGCUUAACAUCAAGGACAGAGAGGCCAGAGGGACCAGGGACAAACAUGUGGUGGAUUCCCUGGGUCCUGAACAGUACAGCCCUGCUGGUGGGAGUGUCCAUAUUGUCCAGUUUGCACCAGAGGGGGUGUUUGGAUUGAUUGUGAAAGAGAGAAGGCUGCUUGACGUUUUUCUCUCAGGAGAGAGUACGAGUCCCGAGGUGACAGAGACCCCCAAUACCUUGUCAAGGAAUCGAAGGAGUUCAGAACACGCUGCUGCAGCAGCCAGGAUCCCCAACCCCAUUGCCUGUCUCAAACCCAACGAUAUGAUCAUCUUUCAGCUCUCCCUCAACCACCGCAACCGCAGCCUAAGCCACUUCCCAGUGUACCAGAAAGACCAUCUCUUCAACAGCAACCCCGGCUGGGAUUCGGGAGCCUUCCGAAGACUAGGGCACUUGGUCAAGGAGACGCGGUUCAACUUCUCCAGAUUCGCCCAUGUGUUCUUGGAGCCUGGGAAGUACGUGUUGCUGGACAAUGCGGUGCUGGAGCGCAGCCUCGUCGUGGUGGUCAGCGAGCAUCAUACCGAGUGCGAGUCCAGGAGCUUCCAGCCCUCGUCACCGGGACACCUGGUCCGACACGGCGUUCUCAAGCAGCGGCAGCUCAACUUGGUACCGAACUGGGGCGCCAUUGCAGGUGUGCUUGGUCUCCUGGCCCUGGCGGUCGCUGUGCUGACAGCCUCGGCUCUGGUUCUGAAACCCAUUCACGCUGGACUGAGCCCCUGGAGGAGCUGGAAACCCAAGUGGCGCAGCCUGGGAGAGCCCUGCAUCCCGCCAGGUUAUAUCUUCACCAGGGACAGUUUGGAAUGCUAUGACACUCUUGCUUGCCGGGGAGAGGGAGAAGGAGCAGAGACAGAAGAGGAGUCUGCUGUUUUCAAAGCCGGUAAAAGGCCAGGGGAGAUGGAGCUGGAGGAUUUCAAUGUGCGGACCCUCUAUGAUAAACUGGAGGACCAGAACCUUCACCUGGCUGCCCAGCUGGCCAAGCACCGCAGUGAAAUGCUGGACUUCUACAAGAGCAUCUGCAAGCAGACUGAGGCUUUGAAGGAAAUGAUGGAGUGUAUUGACCCUGCUAGACUGGCUGUGAUAGAGAAGAAGUGGGUCCUCCUUGAAACAUCUGGUCUAAUUAAGAGAAUUGAAGACCACGAAACCAGCAGCCCAACCAACGACAUGCAGACCGAGAGCUGUUCCUCCACUCACCUGCUGGAGGCGCUGUUGAGAGGUGUGGAGAGUCUGCUCUUCAGGAUGAGUUCAGAGAAUCUUUCUAUCAGCCGAGAAGCAGCACAGAGGCAUUGUGGGAUAGCAGAUUGCAGCGGGUUGAGCGUGCCCAGUCACUUGGGGAUGGAUACUGGGCGGGCCAAGGAUCCCAGCACCUCCCAGCAGCCAGCUCCCAAAGAAACACUAACCAUUGACGCAAAAGAGUCUUUUCUAGACACAGGAGAGGCCUGCCUCUCAGGGCAGCAGCUGCAGGUUCCAGACGCCAGCUCGCGUUCUUUAAGUGAACAGGAGCUUGCAGGCUUGAUCACAGCCACCCCGCUCUCCAGCACACUGCAGCAGAUACUGGAGUCGCUUCGAGACAGACACGCCCAGGAACAAGAGCAAAGCACUAGAGAAGCACCCAGGGCACAGAUGGAGGCAGGAGAACUAGUUCCUGUUGACUUGGGAGCUCUGACUCCUCAAAACUUCACUGUGUUCCUGUUUGGACGCCACAUUGUGCACCUGCUGUGCAGCACCUGUGACUUCCCCCCAGUCACUCUCCUGCUGGCACACACAGUUCCGGACAGGAGUGGGACUGAUCGCUGCUAUCAGUAUUAUUAUCACUACACUGGAGAUUUCUACUAUGACACCUGCACUCGAAUCCUGUACCUGCACACAGCCAAGCUGGACGACUUGGGGGAGUUUAGUACUGUGCUCCUGCACACUAUGGCACACAUCAGUGCAGGAUCUCAGCCCAGGGAAAAGCAGUCUGCUGUGUUUGUCAGAGAGUUUCACAAGGCUAUAUCAGCAGUGUGUGCUGCAUUCUUCCACGCUCACUGCCAAGUGGACACCUGGAAAGAUGUGAAGGGAAAGGCAGUGUGGGAUUCCUGUGCAAGUACAGCAGGGUCUGACCGGCAGUCCGUAUUUGAAGAUUUCAUGAACCUAAAGGUGCCACCCGAAAGAAGGUUCUCCAAAGAAAUGCUGGAGGAAAGGCUUAAAAAGUUCAGAUCUUUUAAUUUGCACCUCAAUCUCCGAGAGGUAAUGAAACAGAGAAGACAAACGGAGGGACGACAGGCUGCGAACGGACAAGGAGAAACAGAGCCUGAAUGCAGAGCAGAUUCCGCAUUGCAAGCGAGGAUUCUGACCCUGGAAGAGGAGGCUGAUGGGCUCAAUGAGGACUUCCUGCAGCUCACUACCCAGCUGCUGGAACAGAAGGAGCAGGGCAGGCAGCUGGAGGAGGAGCUGGAAGCCGUGGAGCAGCAGACACAGGAUGCACAUGACACUGUGAGGGGGGAUGAUUUUGAGCGUAUCCUGAAAGCCCUGGCCCAUGGCAGAGGGGAAGCCCUGAUGCUAGCGCUGAAGAGACGCUGCGUGUCCCAGAGGCUGAGUGAAAUUGAAACAGAUCUAUCCGCGCUCCGUGUUGGAGUUCAGUGAGCAGCACUGUGACGGGUUGCUGCAGUACGGGGAGGGAAACGACCAAGCUAAUAUAUUCAUAGAGCUCCUAAUGGCUUGGCUAAGGGGAGCGGCUCCUUUAGUUCACUGGAAAGUAGCUUUUUGGAGCUCCUUUUGACAUCUGGUGGCAGCUGUGGGGUACAUGGUUUACAAGUACAUUGUUUUGUCUGCUGAUUUUUAUUAUGGAUCAUUUUUGUUUCCCUUUUCUGUGUGUAAAAGUUGUGUACAUAAAAACAAGAAAUGCUUGCUUUAACACCGUUAAUAGGGUUUAGCGCCAUCAAGGUAAACUAUAUAUAUAUAUUUCUGGAGGAAUAUGUGACAGUUCCUCCAUUUUUAUUACAACCCCUGAAUUCUUCAGAGAAAGUUGACAGUUGGAAAUGAUAGCAAAUACUCCCAAAUGGCCCACAGAUUCAUCACUUGUGAAUAAUUUGAGAAGCUUUAGACACAGAAGCACCUGCCAACCAAGUUCCUACUAUCAGCCCGCUAUCAUGCCCAUUGUUACUGAAACAGAGACACAUUUUACAAUGCAGAAUGAAUGUCUGGGGUGGAGUCUGUUGUUUGAGGGACAACCAUGUACAUAAGUGUGUGCUACAUAGCGCAGGUGUUUUUUUUCCCCCAACCCUACAGUUUGACUAAUUUUGCUAGAAACAAUUUUGUUUCCUUUUACUGUAAAUAUCAUGUACAAAAACCAGCGCCCAUGUGACUGCUACAGUCUUUACAUGUGUUCAAGCUUCGUGUGUAACGUACAGCAUUUUGGUUGCGUACAGUUGAAAUAAACAUCUGAAAGCAUGUGGGUGAUCUAUUCCAUA